AUGAGUGCUUCCAAUCGUCCCAAUGUAAAGUUAGGUGUCAUUCAAUGUCAUUGGACAGAAGAUUUAACUGUCUUGAAAUCAGACAUUUCACAUAAAGUUAAACAAGCAGCAAAUGCAAAUGCACAAAUCAUUCUACUCCAAGAGGUGUUCAUGAUGAGAUAUCCAGGUGAUCUCUCCAAGGAAUUAAAUCCAGAAACCUUUGAUCAAGCUGAGAAUUUAAUGCAAGCUGUUGCUAUUUUGGAAAAGAAUGAAAAUUCGGAACAAGUAACUACAAGACACGAUGAAGAGAUUGGACAAUUGUCGAGAACUUUGCAAUUCUGUCGUGAAUUGGCCAUAUCCAAUAAGGUGAUUAUUGUUGGAAGUUUAUUUGAGAAAUUUAUUCACACAAAUGAUGAAACAGGCAAUUCCACUACUAAUUAUUAUAACACUUCAAUUAUUGUGAAUGAAAAGGGUCAAUUGAUUGGAAAGACUAGAAAACAACAUAUUCCUGAAGGACCUGCUUAUAAUGAAGUUGAUUUCUUCGAGGCAGGAUAUGAUGAUUAUCCAGUUCAUGAUACUGGUCUAAUUAAGAUUGCUGUGCCAACUUGUUAUGAUCAGUGGUUUCCUGAACUUGCCAGAAUUUAUGCAUUGAAAGGAGCUGAAUUGGUUCUCUAUCCAACAUGUAUUGGAAAUGAACCACUCUAUCAAGAUUUGGACACUCAACCACAAUGGAAAACCAUGAUGGUUUCUCAUUCUAUUUGUAAUGGAGUUUUCAUUGCUGCUGCUAAUAGAGUUGGAAAACAAAGUGCUGGUCCAAAUGUCAGCAAGGCAAUUAGAGAAUAUAAUGAAAAGAAUAAUACUCAAUUGAAGGAAGAAUUUGAAUUCUUCUUUUAUGGGUCUUCAUUUAUUUGUGCACCAGGAGGAAAGAUGUUGGAAGAAGCUCCAAGGGAUACACCUAGCGUAUUAGUUGCUGAACUUGAUUUUGAACAAAUGAGAUUGUGGAGAGAGGCUUUCCCACUCCUCAAUCAAAGACAAGCCAAGACCUAUGGAAGAUUACUUCAAGAUUAG